UAUAAAUCGAAGCGCAGAAGAUCAGUGGACUAAAAUUGAAGAUUUGCGUAGACAACUUGUUGAGAAAAAUGAAUUCUUUAAACGAUUUCGAGAAGAAAAAGCUGGAGAAGGAACAAGUGGAGCAGCAACAAGUAACCAGUAAUGGACAGGGAUUUGAUGAGAAUGAGCAAGUCAACACUGAUAAAAUGAAUAUCAACCAAAUUCUUUGUAAUCGUUGUGGAAGUAUUAUUUUACAAAAAAUGGCUGCUCAUUACCAACAUGGAGAGACUUCAAAACAUUUACCUUUGCCUUUUCAAAAAACAAAGCAUAAAAAUGAAUUGCCAAAAAAUUUGGAGACUGAAGAAUUUAAUAAAUGGUGGAUUGUGGGAAAUAUGUUUACUUUUGAAAAUGUUGGUUUUACACACUCUUUUGAUGGUUGUAAAUUUCUUGCUUGUGCUGAUUGCGAGAUUGGACCUAUUGGAUUUGUUUGUCCAGACUCUAAUAAUUGUUUUGUUUCUGUUGAACGAGUUGAAUAUAAAAAUUGAAUUUUUUUCUUU